AUAUGUAAUGCAAAUAAAAAUAAAAAAUAGAAAUACCUCUAUUGAUAUUUUAUAAUACAUAUACAAUAACAUUUGUAGAGUAAAUUAUACAAAUAUAAUAACAUUUUGAAUGUUAACUAAAAUGACACAAAAAACAAAUUGUGCCCUUCUUAUGGGACGGAGAUAAUAUAUAGUACUCCCUCCGUCCCAAAACUAUAGUUUGGGUUGUGUUUGGCACAAUAUUUAAGGAAUAUUGAUAUUGUAUUGAUAGUUGAUAAAAAGUACAAAUAAAAGACUUUUUUGUCCUUGUGAGUGUAUUAGUGUAAAAAGUAGUAGCAAUUGUGUAAUAAAAAUGAAAAAGUAGUAGUAGUUUAUGGUGAUAUGAAUAUUUAUAAAAAUAAGACUAUUACUUUGGAACGGACAAAAAUAAUAAAUAAAAAUAUUAUAUUAGGACAAAGAGUGUGGCUACAAUAACAUUAAAAAAAUAAAAAUAAAAAAAAAUAAAAAAUACACCCCUAUAAAUUUCUAAGUAGCCAAAAAUCAACCUCUCUUAUUUGCACGUCUCAUCCCCAAAAUUAUGUCGGCAAAACAUAACCACAACAUUUCUCCGGCGCCGCUCCUUUUAAUCCUUCUACUACUGAUCGGCGCCGCCGGUUCCGACGCCACUGGAUUUCUCGGCGGCGGCGGCGGCGGCGGUUAUUUUAGGUCGCGAAUAUCGGUACCGGAGGUCGAGUUCCUGAUGGAAUCCGAAGUUUCGAGAAGGUUCCUCCAGCAAGUGCAGCGAAAAUCAGUCGUUUCCCUCAAUCCUACCAAAGAAUUUUGCAGUAGAAACAUUUACGGCAGUUGCAUCAGCGCUCCGAACGUCGAUUCCAAAAAACGCAAGUGUGACUACGCCAACAGCUGCGGCGACCGCGGCCGCCAUUAAGAAUAAACUUGAUGUCCCUUCUCCUCCCCGCAAGAAAUUCCGAGAACCGCCGCUGUCCAGCCGCGCCGUCACUGGAGGAGAUGCAGAACAGACGGUUCUGGCUGUUCGGGAGCCGCCGCCGCCGCCGUUAUUAGUCUCUAAAAUUGAAUGCCACCGGUGAUUGAUUUGGCAUUAAUAAUUUGAACUUUAUUUUAUCUUUUAUUUCCGGUAAUGAACCUCGUAUUUUUAUUUA